UUUCGUGUACGUACGUGACAGAACGCGUUCCUCAAAAAAAAAAACCAAAAACUUCAGUGAACUCCAUUAAAAAACCGUGGAAAUCGCUGGGAAAGCCCCAGGAAGCCGAGAACACGCUCCCGAAUUGAAAAGCCCUGGGUACCUCUCCGAGGAUGCAAAAUAAUCUCCUGGAGACAUGAUAUCUUGAUCACUCUGGACCCCAGAGGAUUGUCAACACAACCUGCAAAUCUGAUGUCAAAAAAGGUGAACAACUAGCGAAAAAUCCUUGAAAAAAUGGCGCCAGUGCCCUUGGAGGGUCAUCAGACCCCAGUAGCCAACAGCAUGCCCCAGGAGGGCAACCGUGGUGGUUCGAUAUCCCUGGGUAUGUUAAUCGAUUUUAUAAUCCAACGUACAUACCACGAGCUGACAGUCCUGGCGGAGCUCCUCCCCAGGAAAACCGACAUGGAGCGAAAGAUCGAGAUCUGGAAUUAUUCAGCCCGCACUCGUCAACUAUUCGUUCGUCUCUUGGCGCUCGUUAAAUGGGCAAAUAGCGCCUCAAAAGUCGACAAAUCCGCCCACAUAAUGAACUUCUUGGACAAGCAGUCACUCCUGUUUGUAGACACAGCUGAUAUGUUAGCACGAAUGGCCAGAGAGACACUGGUCCACGCACGUCUCCCCAAUUUCCACAUCCCAGCAGCUGUCGAGGUCCUGACAACAGGCACCUACGGACGCCUACCUGCUUGCAUCAGGGAGAGAAUCGUUCCACCAGAUCCAAUAACACCUGUGGAGAAGCGAACGACACUCCAGAGGCUGAAUCAAGUGAUCCAACAUCGGCUUGUCACUGGAAAUCUUCUUCCCCAGAUGAGAAACCUGAAGAUCGAGGCUGGUAGGGUGACAUUCCUGGUCGAGCAGGAGUUCUCAGUGUCACUGACUGUCAUGGGAGACGGCCCCAACGUUCCCUGGAGGCUUCUGGAUCUCGAGAUUCUGGUGUCAGAUAGAGAGACUGGUGAUGGCAAAGCCCUGGUCCAUCCCCUGCAGACGAGAUACGUGCACCAGGUGGUGCAGGCGAGAUUAGCUGAGAGUUCAAAUUCCCUGUCAGAGGUUUACUACAUUCUUCAUUAUUUCUGUCAGUCCCUGCAGCUUGAGGUGCUAUAUUCGCAGACCCUGAGGCUCAUCAGGGAUCGAUUGGAUGAUCAUAUUCAUGUGGAUGAGUAUGUCCCUGGUAAGGGGCUAUCGAUAUCCUACUGGAGGGAGCUUACCACCAAGGAUCCAAGGUCUGAGCUCGGUUACAAGUUAUCUGUUCAGGUUGAUCAGAGUGAUCCUGCGAGACCACUUGCUGUCGUUCAUGUGCCAUCGCUUGGAUCCAAGGAAGAGGAAAUUGCUGACAGGGCUAUCAGGUCUGAGCAACUCUCCAUGGAGUGUCUUCUUGUUCACACCAUCUACAUCAGAACCAGGAACAGACUCAAUGAGCUCAAGCAGGAGAUCCAGGGUAUGCUCAAGGAUGUAGAGUGCACGUUGAAUGGAUCACCAGCUAUUCUCGCUGUUCCCAUACUUCAGCCUUGUCUCAGGGCUGAACUACUUCUCGUCACUGUUGAUACCCAUACUGGAAUGCUUCAGUGUCAUGUGCCUCAGUAUGAAGCACCACUUGUACCUGAGCUCACACAAGCUCUUAAUAAUGAUCACUCGAGGCUACCGUCCCUCAUCUCCGAACUCAGAUUCUGGAUCACCCAGAGGAGGUGCGAGAAAACACUCCAGCAUCUUCCGGCUACACCUCAUGAGAAAUUACCCAUUCUUCAUAAUCCUGAGUUCCCCAUGGCCAACAUCAGCAGGCAUCGAAUGAUGGUCAGGCUUCAUCGGCAUCCCACCGUUUUACUGAUUGUUGCGUUCAAGGAGAAAGAAUCCUCACCUUGUGAAAUUGAAUGUUCAUUCUACAUGGCAAGUGUCAAACCAAGUUCAGCAGAGAGCAAUGCCCAGGACGAGAAUAUAGAGUCAGAGAUUCCCAAGAUGUACCUGAAACUCCAGAGUCUGAUAGAGUUUGACACAUUCGUUAUCACUCAUGGUCCAUUUACAAGUGUUGACAGUGGAAUUAAUGAACAAGAUGGGGGGUGCAUUACAGACGUUACCGAUAAGGGGAACAAGCGGCGUAGCACUGGUGCCAAUGGACGUCAGGACACCUCGGGGACGCCCCAGAGUAGAAGACCAAAGCAUCCGGCUUAUUUUAUACCAGAGCUGGCCCACGUUGUUGCACUCUGCGACGAGAGAAUUCCAUUCAUCACUCUAGCCCUAGAGUUAACAAAACGAGACAUCGCUCACCAAGGGCUUCAGGUGGAAGCCAAUGCGACAGCCCUGGUGCUAAAACCAGUGCUCCUACCAGCCCCCAGCCCCUCGAUAAGUGGAAGCCCAGGUUGGCAGGCCCUUCUGAAACGCCUGCUGAGCGUGUCAAUCAGAGUACAGGGAAAGGGAAUGACUAAAACGUGGAUGGCAGAGUUUGUAUUUUACUCGAGUCCCCUGACAAGUAGUCAUCCCAAGGAACAGGGUCUCCGUCGUCCUGUCUACUUCCAGUACGACAUGGGAACAGCUGAUACUGUCUCGAAAACAGUCGACGCUCUCCUCAACAACUGGGCCCAAAUUGUCCACCUGUACUCAAUCGUCCAGGACCUCUCGGAGUACUUCAAGAUGGAGAAGUACAAUCUCAGGAAUAUGGUCAGCAUAAAAUCCUUCAGUUACAACAAACUCAUCCUGUCUUACGGUCCCAAUAGAGGAGCUGUGGUAAUUGUCCACUGGAGUACAACUGACAAGGCAUUCAAGCUCGUCUUCGGGAAGAGUCCCACCAACACAGGGAUCAAUGCCCACUCCCUGAUGAAGGAGCAGCUCGAGGCACAUCUGAAUCGUCACAGAAAUCUCGCCCAGAUUAUCUUCUACCUCAACGAAACCCUCCAGCCCCUCAUCUCCAUCAGCAAACUCCCCAUAAUCCCUCAACUAGGAAUUCUCAAUACUCGUCCCCAGGUUCCCGUCCAGACAUUCACGAUUAUGCCCCAAUCAGUGACAUCAGUUCGUCUUGCUUACCAGGGAAUGUACUGCCUGGAGCUGAGGGUGAGAGGUGGUGGACUCGUGUCACUCAGGGAUGGUGCUUACUCCAGAUUUGAUCGCAGCAAUGUUGUCGACGAGUUCACACCCACUCAGGGUCUCAAGACAUUUUUAUCGAAGUACGUGGACGAGAGUGCAGUGUUCAGGAGGCGAUCACAGUCCGAGGAUGAUAAUCCACCGUCGCCGGUGACGAUGGACUCGGAAGGGCCUGGGGUAGGAUUUAUGAGUCAUCAUCGGGGAGGUCCUCAGUCACCAGCACAGCAGAGGGAUGGAUUGAGGUUCCAUCCACCCUUGACACCCCCAUCUGGCUCGAAUCCUCAUACGCCAGCUAGUCCACACACUGCCAAUAUCUCGCAGGCAAGUCAGCAUCAGAGUUUUGGCAGUAGUCCUGCCACAUCUUUUAAUUUAGCAUCACCUCCAUCACUCCCACCAAAUACACCGAAUAUGCUACCUCAUCCGUCACCAGGGUCUGGUCUUGUUGCCAAUAGUCCUCUCAAUCAAAUGCACGUACCCAGUCCUGCUGGACUGAUGCCCACGUCGUCACCAGGUCCCUGCAGCAAUGUCCAGGUUGGGCAUUCACCAGCGAGUUCAUUCAUGCAAGGGCACAUCGAUGGUAGUCCUUUUCCCAGCUCUCAGAGCAUGGCAUCACCAGCUGCAUCAAACUGGCCGGGUUCUCCAAGCGUUCCAAGACCAUCACCAGCUAGACCUGGACAAAAUCCAGCUCAUGCAGCUCUUCACAGUCCCCAGCCCUCAGACCACAAAAUAGGGAGUCACAUCUCCAGGGUUUUGCCACAGAGAUCGUGGGCUGGGGCUGUGCCAACUCUCUUGACGUAUGAGGCUCUGGAUAUCCUCUGCUCACCCUCGGCACAUCCCUCGGGACUUCCUGGGCCUGAUCUAUCACCUCUGGAGAGAUUCCUCGGGUGUGUCUACAUGAGGAGACAGCUCCAGAGGUUCAUUCAGACUGAUGACUGUCUCACGAGCAUUAAUAGCACUGAACCUGGGGUUGUGCAUUUCAAAGUUGAGACUCUUCAGUGCAGAGUUGUUCUCAAUCCUCAGCAUCUUCAGUCACUUCACAUCAAGGUGCAGCCACUGCCUGAGCACACGGACAAGUGGACACUCGAGGAGCUGCAGAUUAUUGAGAAAUUCUUUGACACCAGGGCUGCUGCUCCACCGUAUAAACCCAAUACUUUGUCCGGAUUUGGCAGAAUGCUCAAUGUACCUUUCAAUGUUUUGAAGGAUUUCAUUCAGAUUAUGAAGCUCGAGCUCGUACCUGGACUCGUACAGCAGCAGCAGCUCAAGUGGUCGAUACAGUGGUGUCUCAAGGUACCACCUUCAGCCACUGCUAUUGUGCCAACUGGUAUGGCUGGUGUCCUCGUCUGCAAGAACAAAAUCCUAUUCUUUAUCCAAUUAACAAGAGUCGGAGUGCCUUACCAGGGAGAGCCCCUGUCCCUGGCCCUUCCUCUGGUGUACGAUGUGCAGACAAACCUGACGCAAUUAGCAGAGAGACGUGAUUCAGCGCCAUCACCAUCAACAGCAGCAGCCUCGAUGCAGCUGAAACGUUUCGUUGAAUAUCCAGGAGUUAAUUACCCGGAGUGUUCGCUGUUCCCAGCAGUGAGGGAUCUCAUGGCGAACUUGACGCUCCCCUCAGAGCCUCCAGUGAUGCCCCAGGUGGUUGGAUCCCCAGCAGCUGGACAAGUCACCCCAACCCAGCAGAUCCAGAGUCCAGCCAUGCAGAUGCAUUCCCCCAUGGCUGGCCAGGGCCCACCCCAGGGGCCCUACGGUAUGCAGGGAAUGCCCUCCAUAGGAAUGAUGGGAGGACCUCCCCAAUAGGGAUACCUGAAUGUCAAUCCCCUCUCCUAUUACUAAUUAAUUCAUUAAUUCCGUAACAAAGUGGUAAAAUAAGUUGACAUUUUCUCGAGAGUUUUCUCUCAAUAUCUCCAGAUUAAAAGAAAAUAUCGAUAUUUUCGUAAUUACCUUUUUUGUACAACUUAGAUUUCUGUACAAAAAAUGUGGAGUGAAAAAUAUUCAUAUCUCUCUUCAGUUCUGAGAUAUUCGCGAAAUACUCAUCUCGAAAAGCAUGCACUUAUUCUGAUUUAUCAUUUGUCGAGGGAAUUUAAUUGUAAUAUAAUGGACAUAAUGAGCAAUUUGGGUAGUUGAUGGACAGUAGUUUCUUCCAGUCGUGGGUCAUUCUUCUAGGUCGUGUAAGUGAAUAUUUAUGUCGCAGAUCGAAUUAAUCUGUUGAAAUCAAUAAAUUUUUAUAUUAAUCCAAAAUGCAUUAUUUCUCAAUAAUUUCAUCAAUUACACCGGAACAUUAAUCACUAUUUAUUCUCUUUCCAGUCA